AUGCCUCGUGGUCACAAGAGUAAGCUUCGUGCUCGUGAGAAACGCAGCCAAAAUAGAGCUGAGAACCAAGGUGUUACAAGUGUUCAGGCCACUUCAGGAGAGAAAGAAGAGGCCGCUUGCUCCUCCUCUUCUCUUUUGGGGGACGCUCCCUCAAGCUCCACUGCAGCUGGCACUGUCCAGGCACCUCCAAGUGCCCCAGCCACCUCCAGUGCUGCUGCAGGCACGUCAUGCGAAAGAGCUGCUGUAAAAGCCAAAGGCCAUUUACAGAAAAGUAAAAAAUCUUCCAGGGCCUCAACUUCCACUGAAGGCUCUGGCCAAGAUCUUCUGACUCAGAAGUCAACUCUGUUGGUAGAGUAUCUGCUGUAUCAAUAUAAAAAGAAGGAGCCCAUUAAAAAGACAGACAUGCUGAAGAUAGUGCACAAAUGGUUCAGGAAGGACUUCCCUGAGAUCCUCAGGAGAGUCUCUGAGCACAUGGAUCUGGUCUAUGGCCUAGAAUUGAAAGAAGUCAAGCCUAACAGUAACUUCUACACCCUUAUCGACAAUCAAGAUGAUACCAGCAAUGAGAGCCUGAGCAGCGGCUUCAGAUUUCCUACAAAAGCGAUUCUGAUGCCUCUCCUGGGUGUCAUCUUCUUGAAUGGCAACCGCGCCUCUGAGGAGGCGAUCUGGGAAUUCCUGAAUAUCAUGGGCGUCUAUGAUGGACAGACUCACGUCAUAUUUGGGGAGCCCAGGAAGCUUAUCACCGAAGAUUUGGUGCAGGAAAAAUACCUGGUGUACCGACGGGUGCCCAGCGUUGAUCGUCCACGCUAUGAGUUCCUGUGGGGCCCAAGAGCCCAUGCUGAGACCAGCAAGAUGAAAAUCCUGGAGUUUUUGGCCAAGCUCAAUGAUUCUGUCCCGAGUGCCUUUGUGCCACAUUAUGAAGAGGCUUUGAAAGAUGAGGAAGAGAGAGCCCGAACCAGAGCCAAAGCUGCACCCAUGGCUGGCACUCAUUCCAAGGCCAGCAGGCGCUCCAGGGCCAAAUCAAGCUGCAACCCUCAACAUCAGUGA